AUGAAACGCAUUGCUAGCCACGCGGGAUCAUGGUACUCCAAUAUACCUGAAAAACUGAACCAAGAGCUUAGUAGCAAUCUACAGCUUGCUGAAAAAUAUCUCACCAAGCCUAUUCCAGGAGCCAGAGCAUUGAUUGGCCCACACGCUGGUUAUGCAUACAGUGGUCCAACAGCUGCAUACGCCUAUGCCUGUAUAAAUCCUGAUCCAAUUAAGCGUGUCUUUUUGUUGGGUCCGUCUCACCACACCUACCUUGAAGGCUGUGCACUUUCAAAAUUCAAGUCUUAUGAAACACCCUUGGGUGAUCUUUCUGUGGAUACACAAGUUUCAAAGGAAUUGUUUGAUACUGGUGUAUUUGGCUGGAUGCCACCCUCUGUUGAUGUAAAUGAACACAGUCUUGAGUUGCAUUUGCCAUUUAUUGCAAAGAUUUUCGAAAAUAAACUUGAUGAUAUCACCCUUGUACCUGUCCUGGUUGGAUCUCUCCAAGUUGAAGAAGAAAAGGCCUAUGGAAAGAUCUUUGCCAAGUACCUCAAUGAUCCCACAAGCUUGUUUAUCAUUUCAUCAGAUUUUUGCCAUUGGGGAAAACGCUUUGGAUACACAUAUUGUCCUCCAACCCCCGAAUCUACUCCAAUCCAUGCUGCAAUUUCAGAGCUUGACCACCAAGCCAUGGCUCUGAUUGAAUCCCUGAACCUUGAUGAUUUUGCAGCAUAUCUGGCAAAGACCAAGAACACAAUCUGUGGCCGCCACCCCAUUGGUAUCCUGAUGGGUGCCGUGGCUCACCUCAAUGAAACCUUGAGUCCAAAUAUCAAGUUUGUAAAGUAUGCCCAGAGUAACCCUUGCAAAACAUUGGCAGACAGCAGUGUGAGCUAUGCAAGUGCAUAUUUGUACUUUUAAAAUAUAAAUAAAUAAAUAAAUAAAUCGGCUUAUUUCUUC